UUGAAUGCCUUAACUCUUGACUUCCUUUUCCUGUAUUGUCUGCCAAAGUGUUGACAUACUGUGUCUUCAGUGCUCUCUUCGGUUGAUUUAAACACUUGUUGUCAUUUGUGGUCAAUUGAUAUCUUAGAGACAAAUCAAUUAACAAAAUGAUUAUUUAUAAGGAUAUGUUGACCGGCGAUGAGAUGUUUACCGACUCAUCCAAAGUAAGACUGGUUGACGACAACAUAUUUGAAGUGGAGUGUCGGCUCGUCACACGAAAACAAGGAGAUAUAGAGAUCGCCGGAUUCAACCCAUCGGCCGAAGGAGAAGAUUUAGAAGACGGAGGAACCGAUGAAACGAUGGAAACGGGUCUCGAUCUGGUACUCAAUCAAAGACUCGUCGAAACGGGUUUUAGUAAAAGUGAUUUCAAAAAUUAUCUGAAGACUUAUACCAAAGCUCUUCAAGAGAAGUGGAAGAACCUCGAGUGGACCGAUGACCAGAUCAAUGUGGCAAAGACUAAGUUGACAGAAGCAGUCAAAAAGGUUUUACCGAAGAUAGGAGACUAUAAGUUCUUUUUAGGCGAGAGUACUAAUCCCGACGGAAUGAUUGGUCUUUUGGAUUACAGAGAGAAAGAGGACGGUUCGGGUGAAGUGGCGAUUAUGAUGUUCUUCAAACAUGGACUCGAAGAAGAAAAAGUUUAAUUAUUGUUUAUUUAUAUAAAUAAAUGAAUUAAUUAUACUUUUAGUAAUAAUAAUGAAUUAAAUUUUCUACGGCUUUGUCGGCUUUUAUUGUUAUCUUAUUCUUUCACAACAAACAAAAAAAAGAUUAAACAAAAUUGUCU